UGCGCAAGUUCGAGCGCAGAGCAAUCCCUACCGCUUCAACAUCCCAACUCGUAUUGCUCGCGUCUCAUCUCUAGACACAUUGUCGGCAAUUCAACGUCAUUCUUCGUCUUUCGACAUACGCUAUUGCACCAACGGAUCCGACCAUCUUAUCCUAAGCGAGCUCAGCCAGGAGGCCAAAGAAGAAACAUAUAAACCUGCCCACCAACCCUCCCUCCAAGCUCUUUUCUUCACAGCAAACCACAAUCACUAUUCUUUAACAUCAACAAACUUCUUUUCAAAGAACCAACUCUUUUCGAAAUGGCACCUACCACUCAACAGCCCUGGAAGUCCGUCUGGCCCCCAGCUCAGGUCGUCGACCAGGCCAACAACAUCCCCCAGGGCCUCUCCUCCGAGGAAGUCACCAACCAGCGCGCCUUCGGCUCCCACGCCUCCAACACCAAGGGCCGCAUCGUUCGCUUGAACUGUAAGUUCAUCUUUUCCCACAAGCGUGGAAAAUGACACCAGACAGAGCUGACUAUGAGUGAAGAAGCGUGUGAUUGAAUGGGUCCACUGGGGAGAUUGAUGGAUAGAUGUAUGUAGUUAGUUAUAGAAGGCAAGGGUAUUACCAUUCUCAGGAGUCGUGUAAUCGACAAGACCUAUCCUUCUUGAUACAGACGAAUAUACCACCUGUCAAUCUGAAUACUCCUUCAAGUUGUUCGUGAUUGCGUUGUCCCUUUUGCUCUCCGCUGCUAGGCAGUGCCUUGAUAUCGCGUCGCCCGGCCAAUGCUUCGCGAUAUCUGCUCAAGGCCUCACCCAAGAUAGACACGUUUCACUCCAAACCAGCGAUACGUCUAGUUUCCUUUGGCCAAAGGCUAUCUCUUUAGUGGAUCACAUUGUGGAGCGAUCACAUGUUAAAGAUUGUGGCCAU